AUGGCGAGUUCAAUGAAAGGGUUGGCCUUUGCGAUGGUGGUGAUCUUCUCUGUGCUUCUGUCCCUGAACAAUCCAAGAGGCGAAUCGGAGAGAGCCUUUCUCUCUGUUUCCUCGCCCUCCUCCCAAGAACCACCGGUCAAUCUGGUUUCUCUGGCUUCUACUAAAGAUUUCUUCAUGGAGAUGACAGAUGGUGAAGCCCAAAAAAACCUCGAUUACGAUUUUUACCGGGACACAUGCCCAGAAGCUGAGACCAUUGUGAGGGAUACGAUGGCGCAGAUUUACUCACAGCAGAAGAAUGUUUCUGCGCAGCUGCUGCGCCUCUUCUUCCACGACUGCUUCAUUAAGGGCUGUGAUGCUUCAGUCCUCUUGGAUGACAGCAAUGGGAAUAAAAACCAUUCUAUUGAGAAGCAGGCUGUGCCAAAUAAGUCCUUGAAGGGAUUCGAUAAAAUUGACCAGAUCAAGGAGGUGCUCGAAAAUGUCUGUCCAGGGGUGGUAUCUUGUGCUGACAUACUUGCUCUUGCCACCAGAGAUGGCAUUGUCCUGUACUUGCUUGUGCUUUUAGCUGUUUCGAUUUUCAUUGUUUGA